AUAUCUGAACUCAAACCAGCUGGGAGGCACCAUCCCCGCCUCUAUGGGAAACCUCUCUUUGCUAGUCGAUGUUUUAUUGAACUCGAACCAAUUGAACGGCACCAUUCCUUCCUUUCUAGGCUCCCUCUCGGCAUUGACUCGAUUAGUUCUCCAGUACAAUUACUUCACGGGGCAGAUACCCGAGUCACUGGGCAGUCUGACCAAACUCCAAGUAUUUUCUGUAAAAUACAACCGCUUGACAGGAGUUAUACCAUCAUCAUUUGGAAACUGGGCGACUAUGACCUACUU